AUGUCGUGUUUUGGCGCUGACCUGAAGUUCUGUCCGGAGUGUGGGAACGUUCUCCCGCUCCCUGGGCCUUCCAACGUGGUGCGCUGCCCCCGCUGCUGCUUCUGCAUCCCGGUGUCAGAGUUCUCCGGCCAGGAGAUCCGUUCCACCGUGACCUUCAACCCUGAGGAGCAGAGCUCGGCGGUCCUGGAGGAGGAGCGGGACUCGGAGCUGAAGGGUCCCGUGAUCGACCGGCGCUGCUCCCGCUGCCACCGGGAGGGGAUGAUCUACCACACCCGGCAGAUGAGGUCUGCGGACGAGGGACAGACCGUCUUCUUCACCUGCGUCCACUGCAGGUUCCAGGAGAAGGAAGACUCCUGAGGAGACGUUCUGCUCCAGAACCCGCUCCAGACCGGACCCGGGGGCGUUCUGCUCCAGAACCCGCUCCAGACCGGAUCCUGCUCUCUCUGCGCCGCCCCUGCAGCUUGUCCUUCUCA